GCGUGGAUGCAAUCCCAUUAAAUAAGACAUAAAGUGCAAUAGUUAAAUCUCUCCGCGUCUUCUUGUUCCUUUCGCCGAGAAUCCGAGAUCAACCCCUGCCUUCGUCGGGGUUUUUCUCGGCUUCUUCUGAUUCCUCUUUCGCUUCGAAAUGGCGCCAGUUUCAGCUUUGGCCAAGUACAAGCUUGUGUUCUUGGGUGACCAAUCCGUCGGCAAGACCAGCAUCAUCACUCGUUUCAUGUACGAUAAAUUCGACAACACCUAUCAGGCUACAAUUGGUAUUGAUUUUCUAUCAAAAACUAUGUAUCUUGAAGACCGGACUGUUCGACUGCAAUUGUGGGAUACAGCUGGACAGGAAAGAUUUAGAAGUCUUAUUCCAAGCUACAUCAGGGACUCAUCUGUAGCUGUUAUUGUAUUUGACGUUGCAAGUCGGCAGACUUUCUUAAAUACAUCAAAGUGGAUUGAAGAGGUGCGAACAGAGAGAGGCAGUGAUGUCAUUAUUGUUCUUGUUGGGAACAAAACUGAUCUUGUUGAAAAAAGACAAGUCUCUAUAGAGGAAGGGGAAGCAAAAGCACGUGAGCUCAAUGUCAUGUUCAUUGAAACUAGUGCUAAGGCUGGGUUUAACAUAAAGGCCCUUUUUCGAAAAAUUGCAGCAGCAUUACCCGGAAUGGAAACAUUAUCUUCUGCAAAACAAGAAGACAUGGUUGAUGUAAACUUAAAGUCUACAAGUGGCAGUUCUCAAUCUCAACCCCAGUCAAGUGGAUGUUCUUGUUAAAUAUGCCUUAUAUUGUGCGGUGCACCUUUUUGUGUCAUGCCUUUGUUUUAUGCAGGUUUUACUUUAGUCUUCUACAGCAUUAUAUGAAAGAUGAAAGAAUAUACAAGUGGUGCAGGGUAGGGGUUGAUACAAGUUCUGUCUAGAAUGUUGUUGUUAGUUGAUUAUGCCUGCGAUAAUGUACUAGAGAGUAGUAAAGCUGGCCAACCAAGAAUUGAAUUAUGUUCAUUGUACCCUAUAAAACGUGUGAUAAGAUUAGAAGUUAACUUGUUCAUUUGGAUUGUGACAUAUGUUUCUGUUUAACUUGUUCAUUUGGAUUUACUUGUUCA